GCUUAGUCUGCGGCAUACUAUGCGGUACACUAUGUGGCACAGUGGGCUCUUAUCGAAAAUACCGACUUGGACCGAUUUUCGUGUGAGGUUUGAUUCCCUCGAAGAAGACAGGAUAAUACAGAAAGCAUGCACCUCAACCAAAGUGGCCUGCGACCCUGGAUGGACUUGUCAGAUGGGAGUCAUAGUGUUCCCGUCCAGUUCCGAUCACAGUUUGGAUUGUGAAUCGUUCGAUAAGGACUGCCUGCAAGUGUCGGAAAACCGAUACAGCGCCAAUUCGAUGGAGGUGUACUGUAUACGCGAAGAUCGGCCUAUGUUGACGGAAUGUAGAAACGGAUUGGGAUCGUCAUCGUUAUCACCACCGCGAAUGGGAUAUGCCCCAUACGGACUGCCACCGUAAAGAUUCAUCAAAACUGUAACAGCUUAACGGUUACAACUUCCGUCUACUUCGACCAUGUUUUGAGUAACAAAAAUUCGCCCAGACUUACGUGGAAGUAAACUGUUGACUGCAUCCAACAUAAACCAAAACGAAAACAUUAAACACAGCGGCAACAACCCACAGAAUGUCCAUAUAUUUCAACGUACUUAAUGCUCUGUGUUCGGAGCUGCCCCGGAAU